AUGCCUGUUCCUUGGGUUCAGUAUGUCCUCGAUGAACCCUUGUCUGUUUACCUCCAAGGCCCUUGGUCUUAUAUCCGAAGUUAUGGUAUCUACGCCGGCGCCGCUUUUCUCGCUAGAAAGUACUUUGCCGGAAGCACAAACACCUGGGAACGAAACAUGCACGGAAAGGUGGUGAUGGUAACCGGAGGGACUUCCGGUAUAGGAGCGGCGGUGGUCGAGGAUCUGGCGAGGAGAGGUGCGCAGAUCGUGUUGCUCGUACGUUCCUUGUCGGAUGAGUUUACGGUUGACUAUAUCACUGAUCUACGGGCACGGACGGAUAAUCAACUCAUCUAUGCCGAGGCGUGUGACUUGGCGGACCUCUCCUCCGUUCGAAAGUUCGCGACAAAAUGGAUUGACAACGCACCCGUACGGAGACUCGACAUGGUCAUCUGCGCAGCCGGAGUCGCUACCCCACCCUUCAAGGAACGACGUGUCACCCGAGACGGUGUCGAAGAACAAUGGGGUGUGAACUACCUCGCCCACACGCACCUCCUCAACAUUCUCUCCCCCGCUCUUCGAGCCCAACCCGCCGACCGCGACGUCCGCGUCAUCCUCCUGACCUGCGCGGCCUACGUCCUCGCCGACCUCGACCUCGCCGAUUUCGAUUUCCAAAAACGGGGGUAUCCAUCUUCCCGUCCAUGGCGCGUGUAUGGGGCCUCGAAACUGGCGCUCAUGACAUAUGGCGCUGAACUCCAACGUCGGUGUGACGUUUAUGAACGACCCGAUAAGAACCCAAAUAAGGUCAGGGUGAUGAUGGUAGACCCCGGCCUUAUCCGGACAUCCUUAACCCGCCGCUUCCUGACAUUCGGUUCACUGUUCGGUCUCCUCAUUUACCUCCUUACCUGGCUCUUCUGGGCUUUCAUCCUCAAAACUCCACUUGGCGGUGCACAGCCUGUUCUACACUGCGCCAUGUCACCCGAAGUCUUACAAGGUGAGGGAGGGAAGUUGUUUGGUGAGUGUAGAGAGAAAAAGGCGCAGAGGAAGGAGGUUGAGGAUAGGGGGUUUGCAACGGCGUUGUGGGAGGUUACGGAGAAAGAAGUAAAGGCCUUGGAGGUUAGGAGUACCCUGGAGAAGAAGAAGGCGGAAAAGGCUGAGAAAGUUGCUGAAAAGAAGGAGGCGAAGAAGGGGAAGUAA